GACGCGCGCGAUGGCGCAGCCGGCGAUGUACGAGCAGAUGGUCUUCCCGACGCGGUUCGUCUGGGCGUACGGCGGCAAGCAGGUGCACCUGUGCGGCUCGUUCACGAACUGGCUCGAGACCGUCCCGAUGGCGAUCGAGCCGAAUCCCACCGGCGGCGAGGUUUUCGCCGUCGUGUGUAACCUACCGCCCGGGUACCACCAGUACAAGUUCAUCGUCGACGGCGAGUGGCGUCACGACGAGAACCAGGCGUUCAUUCAAGAUCCUCUCGGGAACGUGAACAACUGGCUGUUCGUGAAGAAGCCCGGCGCGGCGAACGAGCCGAGCCCGGGACAGGGGAUACCCAUCCCGCAGCCGCGGGAGGGCGGCGCGGGGGGCGGCAUGGACUGGAUCGGCAGCUCCAUGGGCGGACUGCAGAUCAAGCGAAACAGCGAGGGCGUCAUCAAGCAGCCGGGUCCCGCGUCCUCGUUGGCGCCGAGCGCGAUGGGAAUCAAAGGCAUCGCGGGGGUUUCGGACGGCGACCAGGACACCUCGAGGGCGCGCGUGUUGGAGUUUCUGCAGCGGCACACCGCGUACGAGCUCAUCCCGGAGAGCAACAAAGUCGUCGUGUUGGACACGAAGCUCCCGGUCCGCCAGGCGUUCCACGCGUGCCACGAGCAAGGGAUCAUGGCCGCACCGCUGUGGGACGAGCGCGCGCAGGAGUUUGUGGGGAUGUUGUCCGCGGGGGAUUUCAUGGACAUCGUGCGCGUCAUCGGGCCGUCGUUGGCGUCGAGCGCGAUGAGCGAGGCGCAGUUGGAUCAGCACACGAUCGCGAUGGUGCGAGAAGAGAAAGCCGCGGAGACGGGGACCUCGCCCGCGCCGCUCGUGAGCGUCCGGCCGGAGGACUCGCUGCACUUAGUCACGCUGACGCUCAUGCAAGGCCGGCUCGCGAUGGCGCCGGUGCUGAGCUACGGGAGCCACCCGCCGAGAGGGCAGACGCCCACGGCGCAGCUUCUGCACCUCACGAACCUCGCGGAGGUGUUCGCGUGUUUGGUCCGGCACUUCCGCGGCGUCCCGAGCGCGCUGCCGCUGUUCUCGCAGCCGAUCGGGGCGCUGCCGAUCGGGACGUGGACCGCCGCGCUCGACGCGUCCGCGUCGCAGUCGACGCCGAUUCCCGGGCUUCUCCCGGUGAAGGCUAUCCUUCCGUCGUCCACGGUCGAGGACGCGUUUAAGAUGAUGCCAGGGUGCGGCGCGCUGCCGGUCGUGGACGAGGCUGGGCGGUUAGUCGACGUCUACGCGCGCGCGGACGUCAUCCUCCUCGCGGCGGAGAACACGUACAGACGCGUGAGCUUGAGCGAGUUUACCGUCGCGCAGGCGUUGCAACGGGCGUUACCGACCCCACGGGCGCACACGUGCACGCGAGGGGACACGUUGCGCGCGGUGGUGGAGGCGUUGAGUUUGCCCGGCGUUCGACGGCUCGUCGUCGUGGACGCCAACUCGCACGCGGUCGAGGGCGUCGUGUCCUUGUCCGACGUCGCCGCGUUCUUGUUGCAGACGUAG